CCGGAGUGCGGGGCGGGGCCGAGGCGGCGAGCGGGGCCGGGAGGGGACCUGGGCCGCCGUGAGCGGAACCUGGGGGGCGGCGGGGCGGAGCUGGAAAUGGGCCGCAGCGCGGCCGGGAGCCGACCCUGAGCUCGCCCUGCGAGAGGAGAGCCGGACACAGGGGGCGCCAGAGCCGGGGGCGGAGGAGUGAAGUCAGGGCUGAGUGGGCGGAAGCGAGCCUGGGCUGAGACAUGGCCACUUAUCACCAAGCGGGACACAUGCAACUGCCCCGAGCUGAUGCUAUUCGUUCACGUCUCAUUGAUACUUUCUCUCUCAUCGAGCAUCUGCAAGGCUUGAGCCAGGCUGUGCCACGGCACACUAUCCGAGAAAUACUUGAUCCUUCUCGUCAGAAGAAACUUAUGUUGGGAGAUCAACACCAGCUUGUGCGCUUCUCCAUAAAGCCUCGUCAUGUAGAACGGAUUACACACAGCCAGAGGCUGAUGAGCAGCCUUUGCGUGCGCUACAGUGAGAGGCCACCUCUUUCUUUGUGGGCUGGAUGGGUCAUUGAGCGUCCUCUCUUCACAAACUUCAUCAUCUUCCUUAUCUUUUUGAAUACGAUUGUCCUGAUGGUUGAAAUAGAAUUGCUUGAAUCCUCAAAUACCAAACUGUGGCCACUGAAGCUGACUCUGGAGGUGGCAGCUUGGUUCAUCUUGCUUGUUUUCAUCUUGGAGAUCCUUCUGAUGUGGCUAUCCAGCUUUUUCCUCUUCUGGAAGAAUGCCUGGAAUGUCUUUGACUUUGUUGUCACCAUAUUGUCCCUGCUUCCUGAGGUUGUGGUGCUGGUGGGGGUUACAGGCCAGUCUGUAUGGCUCCAGUUGCUGAGGAUCUGCCGUGUGCUAAGGUCUCUCAAACUCUUUGCACGAUUCCGUCAAAUUCGAGUCAUUAUUUUGGCCCUGGUCAGGGCCCUCAAGAGCAUGACCUUCCUCUUGAUGUUGCUGCUCAUCUUCUUCUACAUUUUUGCUGUGACUGGUGUCUACUUCUUCGAGCAUUACACCCGUUCAACUCGCCAGGACCUGGAGUACCGCAUGUUCUUCUCAGACCUGCUGAAUUCCCUAGUGACAGUAUUCAUUCUCUUCACCAUGGAUCAUUGGUAUGCACUGCUUCAGGAUACCUGGAAAGUGCCUGAAGUCAGCCGUACCUUCAGCAGCAUCUAUGUCAUUCUUUGGUUGUUACUUGGUUCCAUUAUCUUUCGAAAUAUCAUAGUGGCCAUGAUGGUUACUAACUUUCAGAAUAUCAGGAAUGAGCUGAAUGAGGAGAUGACGCAUCUGGAGGUUCAGCACAAAGCCGACAUAUUCAAGCGGCAGAUUAUCCAGAGGAGGCAAAACCUGUACCCUGAGACACUGAGGUCAAGCCUUAGCAAAAUUGAUGCCAGAGAUGCCAGUCAACAAGAGGAAUCUUUGGUCUUAUCAGAAGCUUCUCAAGAAAAGUCUAAAUACGCUGCCACUGAAGAGGGUUCAAAAACAAAAGAGUCCUUGUCAAAAAUGAAAAAGUCCUCAUCUUCUUCUUCCUCUUCCUCUUCCUCAACUUCAUCUUCCUGCUCCGCCUCUUCUGACUCCAGAUAUUUUGACUCUCUUGGUCAUUUGGACUGGGAGACUCAUGUGCACCAGAAUCUGCCUGGGCUAAUGGAUAUGGAUCAGGAUGAACGUGUUGUUUGGCCUAGAGAUUCACUCUUCCGAUAUUUUGAGUUGCUAGAAAAGCUUCAGUAUAACCUGGAGGAGCGUAAGCGGUUGCAAGAGUUUGCAGUGCAGGCACUGAUGAACUUUGAAGACAAGUAAAACCGACAAUGGAUGACUUCGAUAUCUUUGGCAAAAGAUAAUGAAAGGAAUAGGUGGAAAUGGAGAAUUCAAAGUAUAAAUGUCUAAUAAAUACUGCUGAUAAUUGC